GUCCGUCGGUAGGUCGGUCAGUGGCGCGCGGCGGGUCGCAGCGGUCAGGCGGCGGCGGGGGAGUGUCAUGGAGGGCACUUAGCCCCGGCCCCACUCGCCAUCGCCCGGGCGCAGCGUCGAGCGGUGAUGGGGGUGUCGUGGGGGACGGGUGCCGAGGACCUGCCGCCAGGGGUGGACGUGAAGGUGGUGUUCGAGAGGACCCCGGCCGCCUACCUGCCCGGCACGUCAGUCGUCGGACGGGUGAUACUGACCCUGGAAAACCAGUUCGCCGUCACAUGCAUCCACGUGCGGUGUCGCGGCGAGACGGUGGUCUCUUUUGUGGACGCUGACCACUCGGUGCGGGCCUGGGUGCCGGACUCCAUCACCACGCGGAAGGCGGCCAAACAGGCCCGAGUCCACCCCACCGCAUCACUGAAGACCGCGGCGCUGGUGGCCGACAUACACUCCAUCGGCGCCUCCAUCCUCAAUGUCGGCCCCGGCGAGAAGUCCAAACGGACAGACACCAUCGGCAGUAUGCUGCCGGCGGUGAUCAGCUCGGCUCCGAAGCGGGCGCCGCCGGCCCCGGCGCGGCCCGAGUCUCUCCUCAGCGUGCCGCCGUCGGGUCAGGUGACCCCGGCCCGACCCAGGUCGCUGCUCAGUGUGGCCGCCUCGGAGAGGACCUCGCUCUACUCGCAGCCCAUGUCUCUGGGCACGGAGCGCCAGAUGGGGCCGCAGACGGUGCCGGUGCGGGCGACCCAGACGCUGCUGGACCAACAGCGGGUACUCUUCGGCAUCAGAAACUCCGACUACGCCGCUCCGCUGCCGGCCGGCCAGCACCAGUACCCGUUCCGGUUCGUGCUGCCGGCCGAGCUGCCGCCGGCCUUCUCCGGGCGGUACGGGUUCGUCCGCUACCUGGUGACGGCCGUGGUGGAGCGGCAGAUCCCGCUGCCGUCGCUUAGCCGCGCCGCCGCCUUCUCCGUCAUACCCGAGAAGGGCGUCAGCGACGUCAAACACGGCUCGACUGCGACUCGCAGCCAGGCCAGCCGGUUCCUGUGCGGGUUCUGCUGUCGGCGAGGUCCCCUCACCAUUUCCCUGGAGGUGGGCCGCCGAGCCGCCGCGCCCGGUCAGAGCCUUCCCGUCAGCGGGGAGGCUCUCAACAUCAGCGGCCGCGUCAUGCCGGCGACGUCACUACGACUUAUGCAGCUGGUGACGUACCGCACUGGCUCCGGCACGUCCCACCUGCUGGACCGUCGGGUGGUGAGCGGCGCCGAGCGCGGCCCGCUGCCGCCCGGCAGGUCGGAGACGUUCGCCGACCUCCGGCUGCUGGUGCCGCCGCUGCCGCCCUCCUUCAGCUGCCCGCUCAUCGACGUCCGAUACGCCGUGGAGGUGACGAUGGAGCACCCGGACCCGGUGCUCACGCUGCGCACCGCCGUACCGAUAACCAUCGGAACACUGCCCUACCUGAAACCCCCUGCCGACGAGACGCAGCCGGUCGUGGAGACGUCUACAGCAGCUCUCCGUCUGGGCGCCGCCUAUAAACACCUCCCUGCGUACACCCUCCGUCCGUGUUUCUGGGGCGCGCGCAGUAUCGAGGGCGACACGGACCGCCGGCAAAGCUCGUCGCGCCGCUGUCUGGUGCUGCCCGGCCACGACGCGUGGACGCCGUACUACCCCGUGUUCCGUGAGCCGGACACUGAGCUGCAGCGUCCCGCCGAGUGACGGGCGGCAGGCGCCGCGGUGUCAGAGACUCGGUGGAUAGGGUGAAUGUGUACCUGAAACCGGUGGAUUAAAAUGUUAUAUUUUUGACUGCUUCGUGGUUUCGCCGUUUGUUGACGUAAGUUGUAAUCAGAAAAGUGACUCGUCUGAAGAGGGCUCGAGGGCAAACUCAAGGUCCAACACUCGAACUCGGUAUUAGUGCAUUAUAGGUUUAGCUCCAGAAUCCAGAAUUUAUGCAUUUCUUAAACGCAUUUAAAUGUAUUUCUUAUGCUACAAAGAAAUCGCUGCUUUAAUUAAGCACAAUAAAUUACGUGCAGUUCACUUCUCAUCGUUCCGUCUUUUCCAUCCUCAGGAUAGUCAAAUCCUUUUCUCCUCCAGGCCUCAACCCCUGCCCCGGGCUGGACUGGCAACUUUAUCCCAUGCGGGAAGCGCUCCCAUAGGAGCACGCCCGUAGCCGGGUGCAGUGAGUACCAGUGCAGGCUGGGUGGCCUGUCGCACUAGAUGGACUCAGCCCCGGAGAAUCGCCAGGGUGCCCGCCCAGACCAAUAUCUCCCCCUAAUCCCUAUCAUCCUUCCAGCCCUUGGUCUCGUCCGACCAAAAGGGCCUAAUCCAACAAAACCAAGAAAACAAUGUUUAAUUCUCGAUGAGAUAAAGCUUGCAUUAUUUUCAGUCGUCCAAUUCUGAAAAAACAUUCAUCUUCAUCGCUCACUCAACUUCCAACACGUUGGGCCAUUGUAAGAUAACCAAGUAAAUCAACACAAUAACGGCUACCUGCAGGCAAGGCAGCGAUCAUCUAGGUAUAUCAAACUUUUUGUCCCCGUCACGGUACGAAAAUACCUACACGUAGCAUGAUAUGACCCAGGUUUAAUAAAGCCGUUUUGUUUCCCAGUCCUCGUUUCUAGAUUGCCGUAUGUUACCUCGCAAUGUAAGGUGCUAAGCCCUGUAGUAUAGUGUGCGGCUUGUCGUGACACAUUUAUGUCUGACGUAUCGAGGUCAUGUCUGGGCCGGUUACAAUACAUGGACGGAAG